UCUACGACCCAAUUCUUUUUCUCUUUCGUUUUCUUCUUUUUUCAAAAAAAAAAAAAAAAAAAAAAAAAAAAACAAACGACUUUCAACUUUUGAACUCUCUCGUCUGGCGAUUGGACUCGUCAAAACUUUCUCCGUCUCUUGGAAUCUGAUUUCUGUUUUUUUUUCGUUCGCUGAGCUUUCCUUUCCUUUCCUUUCUCUACCUACGGCUUUCUCGAAUUAAUUUUCAAUUCGAUAUCUUUUCAUAGUUCGAGCAAUGCCUUCACCCGGCUCACCUCAGUGGCAGGAGAAGGCUACUGUUUUCUUUUCUUCCUCAGGAACGAAGCUUAAAGAAGCUGGGCAGUCAGCUGGAACCUUAGUGGGAGAUUUUGCAAAGGAUGCAAAGGUUAAUGUUGCUGAUGCAGCAGAACGAGUUGGGUCAGCGGUUAAAAGUCGGUGGACGUUUCUUCGGGAGCCAGCAACUAGGCAUAUUCUGCAGGAACAAUUAAUCACUGCAGCUGCUACUACUGGCAUGUUCUUGAGGAAGGGCAUGUCAGGUACAAAGGACAAAGUUGCUGUUGGGAAGACAAAAGUUGAAGAGGUGGCAAAAAGGACUGCACAAAAAAGUAAGACAAUUUUGACUGACAUUGAAAGAUGGCAGAAGGGAGUGGCAAGCACUGAUGUAUUUGGAGUUCCAAUUGAGGUCACUGUUCAAAGACAAGAAUCCAGCAGGCCUAUUCCCCAUAUUUUGGUCAAAUGUGCAGAUUAUCUCAUAUUAUCAGGAUUAAACUCAAUGCAGUUGUUUAAAGCUGAAGGAAAUAUAAAGGCUAUUCAGCAAUUGAUCUCUAUAUAUAACCAAGAUGCCAGUGCUUCAUUGCCAGAAGGUGUAAAUCCACUUGAUGUGGCAGCUCUGAUCAAGUUUUAUCUUGCAAGUCUUCCUGAACCUCUAACAACAUUUGAGCUCUAUAAUGAGAUUAAAGGUGCUCGCUCUAGCAUAUAUGCAAUGAAAAAUAUCCUGAAGAAGCUUCCUACUGUAAACUAUAUGACUUUGGAGCUUAUCACUGCACUGCUGCUCCGUGUCAGCCAGAAAUCACUUCUUAACAAGAUGGAUGCACGAAGCCUUGCCAUGGAAACCGCCCCUGUCAUUAUGUGGCGGAAAGAGCAGAAACCAGAAAUUUACAGGCAAUUCUGGAAUCAAGCAUCAAGAUAUUCUUCCAAGAAGAGCAUGGAUCAAGCACCUGUUUAUAGUGAAUGGGACAUGCUUUCAGAAGAAGGUGAAGGUAUGGAUGCUUCAUCCGCCAUUCCCUUGGAUGAUGGUACACCUAUGGAUUUUGGUGCUAUUGAGGUUAUUCAGUGUCUCAUAGAACAGCACAAUGCAAUAUUCACAGAUGCAAAUGAGACAGUGUGGAGGUAACCCAAGAAUCUUAGAAUGAAACCUGUUUCCUGGAUUCUUCAUGUGACUUGGUGUAACAGUUGGUGGUGUAGAGUGAUUAGUUCUGAUGGUGGAAUUCUAUUAUUCACAACCAUUGCUCAUCAGCAGGUAUUCAAGUUUUUUUGCCAAACCUAGGACUAUUGGAUGUGGUUUUGUAAAUUCUAGGGGUCAGGAAGUACUCAAUUUUGUUAAUAUUGAAACUUGAAAGUGCAUUAUUUUGCCUGAACAUGUUUUGUUUGUUUAGGAAAGGAAAGGAAAUCAAUAAGACAUGCAAUGUUUUAACAA